AAAACAAAAUAAAUAAUAACGUAAUAUAAAUUAAACAAUAAAAAAAAUAAAUUAAACAAUACAAAACUAAUUACAAAUUCAGUUUGAAAUUUCAAUAUUGAAGAAGAAAAAUUACAAAAAAUUUUAAAAUCGUGUUAACACGACAAGCAACAACAAUAUACAUAUAUAUCAGCAGCAACAGCAUUACGCACAGACAUGGAGCGCGCUUUGUCGAUUCUAUUAUGCCUCUGCCUAACAACAUGGCAGUUUAUUUCAACACAUGAGCAUGGCGACGGUUUUAAACCAGAUGGCGAAAUCCUACGUGUGUUGGUCAACACUUCGGCGCAAAUUAAGUGUGAUGUCGGUUCCAGUUUGUCAGACGAUAAAGUUUUACUGGUCGUUUGGUAUAAGAAUAAUCUACCAAUUUAUAGCUAUGACACACGUGGCGCGCAUGCGGGAACACCAUCCCACUGGCGGGAUGAGGACGUGCUUGAAGAUCGUGCCGUAUUUCGCACGCAUAAAGACCCAGCUGAAUUGAUUAUAAGUACUGUGAAGGAAAAAGAUGCAGGGAACUUUCGUUGCAGAGUGGAUUUCAAACUCUCGCAAACUAGAAAUAGUAAUGUUAAUCUGGAAGUUGUCGUUCCUCCACAGCAACCAGCGAUUAUGAGCAAUCACAAGGGAAGGUCUGAUGCACACGCCGGUCCGUAUGAGGAAGGCGGUCAACUGGAUCUGACAUGUGUGGUAUAUGGAGGUUCGCCACCGCCUACGGUAACUUGGCUCUGGCAUGGUCAUAUACAGAACAGUAUAGUGGAUUUAUCAGUAGAUGGCAUAAUUAAAAGCAGACUGUUAGUAAAGAAUUUGUCACGCGUACAUCAACAUGCAGUGUUCACGUGUCAAGCGAGUAAUUUCCAUAAGAAAUAUGUCUCCAACAAUAUCACCAUUGAAUUGUAUUUGCGUCCGCUUUUGGUGGAGAUAUCUUUCAAUAAUCAACCGAUGUCUGCUGAUCGCAAAUACGAAAUUGAGUGUCAGGCCUUUGGCUCGAGACCACCAUCGAAGAUUACCUGGUGGAUGGGAAAUAUGGAGCUAUUGGGACACAGUCAAAAGGUUUCGGAAGAUGGCAAUGUAAGCCUUUCCGUACUCAGCAUUACACCAACGCGUAGUGAUCACGGUAAAGCGCUAUCCUGUCGUGCAACAAACGAGCUUGUGCGCAAUGGCAUACGCGAGACGGCAAUGAAACUUAAUGUUUUCUUCGUACCAACGCUUCAGCUGGAUUUGGGCUCGAAUUUAAAUCCGGAAGAUAUUGAAGAAGGCGAUGAUGUCUACUUCGAGUGCAAAGUGCAUGCAAAUCCGGCAGCUUAUAAAGUUGUGUGGAAGCACAAUAAUCAAAUCAUUCAACAUAAUCAACGCGCUGGCGUCAUUGUGAGUACUGGCGAUUUGGCAUUGCAGGGUGUGACACGCCAUCAAGCGGGCAACUACACCUGUACUGCUUCGAAUGUGGAGGGCGAUGGUGAUAGUAACAUUGUUGAGCUGAAAGUGAUGUACAAACCGAUUUGCCGCCCGGAUCAGAAGAAAAUUUAUGGUGUGGCGCGUAAUGAGGUAGCCGAGAUUUUAUGUGAAGUUGAUGCAUAUCCACCGCCGGAAAAUUUCAAAUGGUCCUUCAAUAAUACGGCAGAGACAUUUGAUAUGCCGCAGAGUGGUUUCCGUGCGCAUUCAGCGCAAGGAUCGACAUUGACCUACACGCCGGUCAAGGAAUUGGAUUUCGGCACCAUUAUGUGUUGGGCGGAUAACAAUGUUGGCCAGCAAAGAGAGCCUUGCGUCUUUCAUUUAAUAGCAGCUGGAAAGCCCGAAAUUCCAGCAAAUUGUACUAUAUUCAAUCAGACAUCGGACUCAUUGGAGGUCUAUUGCAUGGAAGGAUUUGAUGGCGGCUUACGGCAAUGGUUCAUAAUGGAAAUUUUCGAUCAGCAUAAUGGUCAGUUACAGGCCAAUAUCUCAUCAAAAUAUCCCGUUUUAAGUGUCACUGGUUUGGACUCUGGGCGUCUCUUUCGCAUAUUUGUCUAUGCAGUGAAUUUGCGUGGACGCAGUGAAGCGGUGCAAGUGGAUGGAUAUACACUAAAAGCGGCCGAGAAGCAAACAGUCGCGCUGACAUCGUAUAAGGGUACACAAACCAAUUUCGAACUCACACCCAUACUUUCGGUGGGCAUUUUCGUUGGCAUAUUGGUGGCAUUGGUCUGCAUUACUAUCGGCACAAUUGCAGCAUUGAAAUUACGUUCACAGAAACAACAACAAAAAUAUCAACUUCAAAAUGCGAAAUUCUCACGACCAGGCAAUUUACAAAUUAAGGAUAAAAUCUCCUUGCCAUUAAGUCAUUCAGAGGAAAUGUACGACGAGAAGAAUCCUGAUGUUGUGCCAUACAAUGAAGUCGAUGGUGAAUACAAACAGAAAUCAACAACACAAACACCAUCCGCCCAUCUGUCCACAACAAGUGAAGCGGAAAUUAGCUGCAAACCGCUAACGGACGAGCUUGGCGCAUACAAAAGCAACAAGGAUGAUGAACUGCACUAUGCCGAAUUAACAAUCGCGCCCGGCAGCGCCAGCUCCAGUGGCAUACCCAAAAAGUCCAUUUCUGUCGAUUGCAGCAGCAGUAUGUUGCUACAAGGAGCCGGCAUAAAUACAAACAACAUGUCCGUCACUGUCGGCGGCACACUGCCGCACGGCUCCAGCGUACGCAAGAUGUUGCCCAACAUAACGGCCAAUGCCGGUGCAAACACACUCCAACGACUCAAGCAACAGCCAACGGCAUCGACGAAACAACAACAACCACCACCACCACCAUCGUAUGAUUACUUUGAAGAGCCGACGAUGUAUGCGCAAAUCGAUCACUAUAAAGCAACCGCGACGGGUGGCACCACAGCAAAUGGCGGCUGCUCGUCAUCGGCAUCUGUAUCGCCCUUCCCGCCAUGCAUUUCAUCGCCAGUCUCGCAGGGCACCCCAUCGACGGUAUCGCCCGGCACGGUGCAGAUGUACACAAUGCCAUCGCAUCCGGGCGGUUAUCAUACGUUGCCGCAUAACCAUCAUCAUCAGCAACAACAGCAACAGCAACAACAGCUACAACAACAACAGAAGCAGCAGCAACAACAAGCACAUCAGCAACACAACACGUCCGCCUCGUCAAUGCUGCAGAUGAUGGCAGCUGCAGGUGUUGUGCAUGGUGCCGCUGGCAAUAUUUACCAUCAUCAUGGCACGUUGCCAAUGCCACCCACAUAUCAGCAGCAUCAGCAGCAACAACAAUUGCAACAACAACAAGUCGCCGGUCAAAUGAUAGUGUCGAGCAAUAGCAGUGGACUUGGUUCGACUAUAACAACAGCAGCCGUGACAAGUCCGAGCAGUUCGCUGUCGGGUCUCUCGGCCAUUGGUAAAUCGUAUUCGCGUGAAAUUGUGACUGUACGAACACCGCUCAUGUAUUCGCAGCAGGAGAGUUGCGUCUAAAAAUGUGCGACGCAAGCGUUUAGCACGCAUUUAGGCGUACUGAAGCCGCAUUGGAAUUCAAUUAUGUCUGCAAGAGACUGGGUAUGAUUUGUGGAAAUGUGAAAAGUAUAACUUUUACAAUUAAAUUGGUCUGAUUAAGUUUUUGUUAUAAUGUUGUAAUGAGUGGCGAAUGUUGAAAUCAUCGCGUGUAUGUUGAAUGGCGCUGAAACAUGUUUUGUUCUUGUUUAAAGGAUUUUUUUGUGUGCAUAUUUGGAAUUAGGCAUUUAAUUAUAUUUAUGUUAUUGUAUACAAAAUUAUAUAUGCUUUGUGAUUUGUAAUGUCAAUUAAAAACUGUUUAAAUAUUUUACAUUUACAUAUUUUAUUUGUCCACUUACUUUGAGCAAAACUAAUCUCAAUCUAUUGAUAUUUCCUGUUUGAAAUCUUUUAAAUUUUUACAAAAUCUUUCCACUUGCUUUGAGAGAAAUUAACUUCAAUGGAUUAAUAUUUUCGGAUUAAGAAUUUUCAAAUUUCAUUAAUGAAUUUUGUAAUCGAAUUAAUUGAAUAUUGAUUAAAAACUGAGAACAGUUAGCUGUUUUAUCGUACUGAUAUGAAUGUACUAAGCCAAAUAUUAAUUCGUUUUAUAUAUUAAAUAUACAUAUUUAUUAUUAUUAUUUUUUAGAGAAAAAAAAUAUGGAGAUUUUUAUUAAAUUUCAUUAAAAACAUUCCACACUUAAUUUCCAAAAAAAAAACUUAAAAAUCCAUAUUCAGUUAUAUAUUAAUAACAUCCAUAAUGGGUACAAAGCAACAUGGCGUAUACGUAAUAUACUUUCCUGAAUAUUUGUCAGACGAUCGUUUGCAUAUUUCUGAAUACAGAACAAAUAAUAAUGAAAAUCAAAUUAUUUAAUUUGAUUUGUCACAGUUAGAACUAUUUUUGGUUAUCGAUAACAUAAUUUCAUUUACAUAUAUUUUUAUUUAUUAUUGCUAAAUGCAAGCGUCCAAUUAAAUAUAUUGUUGGUAUGCCAUUUUUUUUUUAAACAAUUUAGCCCUUCUUCUAUGUUAGGAAAAAAUACACAUAUAGUGUUUUAGGUCAAUUUGACCCACUUAUAAAAACUCCACUAAUAACACUAUUUUAUUGAAAGAGUUCAUAUUUUUUUAUUUGAAUCAAGUUAAGUGUAUGUUAAUUGUAAAAAAAUAGUUGAGAUAUGUAUGUUUUAACGAAAAUUUUCACAAACUAAGCUGCUGUGUUCCUUGCAAACAAAUUUUUGGCACGCACUGCAAAAAGCUGAAUAUUUGUUCGAAUUUUUUGUAUGAUGACAGAAGAAACAUCGCUGUCGUUUUUUGGUGGAUUCAUUUCUGGCAGAGCAUAGAGCUGUGCAAAAUAUACUCGAUUUCCGAUAACUAGCUUUCUUUGUCGGCGUUUUUGAUCGAGUGAUGUAAUAAUAAACGGCAAAAUGUUCCAAAAUACUAGGUGGGUCAAAUUAACCCAACAACGUAAUCAGUGUAAUGAAAUUACAUUUGGCAUCUUUCAGCAACAUAAAAAACAGAUAUUAUUUUAAUUUUCAUAUUUAUCUAUUUCUUUUACUGCAGUUAACAAAUAGAAGAAGAAUCAAUACAAUACGACUAGACUAACACGCGAAUUUCGACGAGUUUUACUGAAAAUUGGGUCAAAUUGACCCAAACAUAGCAGAAGGGUUAGAAUGCUCAUAUUGUUAUAAAUAUCUGAAAACAGAAACAGAAUUUUUAUGCGCUGAAGCACAUGUAUGCGAGAAUUGUUUGUGAAAGUGAGCGCGGUUUGGUAUGAAACAAAUGAAUUUCGUUACUAGUCUAGUAAUACCACUGAUUUAAAGAAAUAAGUAUACGUUUAUUGGAAUAAAUGUAUGUAAAUAGAUUAUAGUAUGCAGAUACUUGUAUAGUAUAGUAAUGUAUAUAAACUAUAUUUCUCUUUGUAAUGUAUGGUGCAUAAGGCAGUUAAUUAUAGAAAAAAUUAUUUGAUUAAAAUAACUAGAUAAAUGCAUAUUGAGGUAAGUUUAGUCUGGUAGUACUUAAAAUAUCUUAGUGGAACUGAAAAACCCAUUAUCUUCGAUAUAUGUAAAGACAAGAUCAAAUCUAUGGUAUUAGUUAAGUAAAUUAAAACUAAUUAAAAGUGGUAUAACUAAACACAAAAUUGCAAAACUCUAAAAAUGAACUGAUUGCAGCUGAAAUAAUCAAGUCUUACAAUACGAGUAUAAACUAAAUAAUACAGUCCAUAUAUUGCAGCAAAGCGAAAUGCAAGGAAAAGUAACGAAGAAGUAACAUUAAAUUUUUAUUUGAAACCGUCAGCAAGCUCCUGGUAUGCCGGCUUAAAGAGAUGCACACAUAAAUUAAAUAAUGCUCAAUAUUCAUUCGGUUAUAUUGAGAUUGCAAAGUUCGUUGAAUGGCGUGAAUAUAAACCAGCCUUUGUUUUCAAAUAUGUACACUUGUCUUCCUGGUGUAUUUAGAGAUUUUCCUUCCACGAACAUUUCCUUAAAACAUUACAGAACGACAAAUGCUAUACAAAAUCAAUAAUAAUUUUUAAAAUGGUGUCGACAGCUGAAAAGCGAAAAAGCGUAGUUUAUCAUAUAUUUGUCGUAUAACUUAAUUGAGCAGAAAGCUCUACAAUUUCAAUGAACCCAAUAUAUUUGCAUGAUUUCCAUACAAUACGUCUACCAAUAAUAUCUGAACGUCUUCAAUGCUGUAGCUCAAUCACAACUACAAAAUACAUUACCAACUUUAACAGGAGAGAUAAUUUAAUGAAAAACGAGGAAUCAAAAUUUUGAGAACAAGUCCACAUUUAGACUUAAUUACAUGUCUCACUAAUGAAAUGAGAAUUGAGUAAAUUGUAUGCAAACUGGAAGCCAACAUGAAUGUUGACCUAAUAUGACUAUGUACAUGUUCCUCCUCCAAUAUAAAUAGCAUACAUGUAAAUAUAUAAGUACAACAGAAACAAAAACACAUAAAGAUUUUAUAUAUACAUAUGUAUGUGUAAAUUAUUGAACAUAAAUUGAACUGAAUGUAAGUAUAUAAAUAGUUAUGUAGCUAAAUGUACUAAUAAUAUCUGAGAAUUAUCCAUUCAAACAGUAAGAGCUCAUAUAAAAAGUGUAAAAUUCUUAAAAAAGAAAAAUAUAAUAAAAAACACAUACAAACACGCAAACGGCAUAUAUAUUUAUGUAUAUGUGUAUAUGUGUAUAUGUCUAACAAAUGAAAAAUCUUAAAUGGACUCACUUUGCAAUCGCAUAACUCAGCUCACUUUUUGCAACAUGCAAUUCACUAAAUCGGCACUUCACGCACAUUUUAGUAUAAUAUUUACCGCGCACAUGCAACACAAACAGUUUCUAAAACUGUAUUCACUAAUUGAAUGUAAUUGUACAUGUUUGUAUUUCAAUAUUUCACUUACACUGCAGUCAAAACAAAUUGUGUUAGCAAACUGGUGACCAGUUAAUAUACAUUUCUUUUUUUAUAAGAGUUAAACCAUUAUUUGUGUUAACACAGUGUCAGCAGAAAACAUAAUAACUUGAAAAUUUUUGUACAAUUUUGUAAUUUUUUUCCUUUUAAUUGAGUCAAUUAACAAUUUUUUCUACACUUAUGUGUUUGCUAAUUGACUCAAUUCAUGGAUACAAGUAAGAAACUAAUGGAACCUGUUUAUAUCAAAAAGUUUAUUUUUCUGUGCCGUGUGUAUUUGGUACUCUUGGUUUUAUACAUAAUUAAUGGCUAAAUUAGUAAAUGUUCAUUAAACUAAAACAACAUAUUUGCCGUAAAAUGCCAAAAAUAGCAAAUAAACUUAACCAUUUGCUCAAUAAAACAGAUCUUGAAAAAAUUGUGUGAAAAUAUAAAACUAAUAAGCAUUUUAUGCAGCUGUUUAAUCCCGUCAAUUAACUGUAAUAUUCGUAUAAACGGGUGUCUGUAGGAAAAAGUAACAACUAUGACCAUUUUAUGAACUCAUAUAAAAAAAUGCGUGUUCCUCUUUAGUCCGUAAACAACAUUUUGAAGGGGUUCAGAUGCAGAAGUCGUUUAAAACUGAAAUAAAAAAAAUGUGUAUUCAAUAAGCUGGAUAUCGGAACAAAACUUUGUGUAUCUAAAUGUAACAAAAAAGAAUUCACAGAACGUGUUUCAACCACAUUGAUGGUUUGCAAAUAUUUUGCGAAACUAAUUGUUAAAUGUUUAAAUGUGCACUGUAAAUGUGUUUCUUAUACACUUGGCAUACCAAAUAAACUAUUGCGCAACAUUUGAUUAUUAAAUAUGUGUCAACUAAAGACUGACGUGAAGUCUAGAAAAUUGUUGUAUUUAGUGCACAAAUAAUUUUUGAUCAUAUUAAAUAAAAAAAGCGCUUAAAAUUUAAUUUUCUAUAGUAUUGUUCCGCAACAUUUAGCUAAGCAACAAUUUUCAAAGUACUGUGAAUAACUAUCAGAGAUCGGAGUAGGUGGAACACUAUUGUUUAACUUAAAAUAAAUUUUUGUGAGUUAAUAAUUUUCUCACUUUUGUUUAGAAAUUUCCAAGCAACAUGUUGCGCAACAUAUGCUGCUGAAACACUUAACAAUCACUGUAAUAUCUUCAUCUGACUUGCAAUAAUAUUUUCUUUUUGAUUUUUUUUCUUUUUUCUUCGCAAUUCACUAAUUGUUUGUAUGUAUGUGUAUAUUUCAAAUAUAGUUGUUUAAUUGUGUCAAUUAUACAACUUUGUAUAGAAAUGUGUAUAGUUUUGCUCCAACUUGAAUGUAUAAACUUGUUAAAGAUGUAUAUUUUUCAAACUAACAUGCAGCAAAACUAGUUUAAGCUAAAAAUUAACUGUAAAUAUAUUGAUUAAGUGGAUUAUGUAUAAAUUUGUAUUAUACAAUAAAAACAAUAUAAAUUAAAGUACUUAGCAGUAAAUUGACCACUUUAUUUAAGGUAAUUUAAAUAAAUUUUUAGGAAAUCAAAAUUAAUGCAAGUAAAAAUUCUUCAACACUCAAGAACAUAAAAUGACGCUAGAAAAUAUAGAAAAACAAAACAGAAACAGAAACCGAAACAAAAACAAAGAAAAGCAGAUAUAAAACUGAGACCUAAUGAAAACCAACCAAUUAAGUAGCUCUAAGUAAAUUAAUUUUAAUUAAUAUUUCAAUAAAAUUUUGACGUAAUAAUAUAACACAAGAACAAAAACAAAAACAACAACAACUCACUCUUUGUAAAUUAUGUACUACUUGUCGCUAAAAAUUAAAUGAUCCAGCUGCUGCAGCAACACAUGCGCGCUGAUCUGCAUAUAUAUUGUAUGUAUGUAUGUAUGUAUUAGUGUAACGUAUUUCAUUCGUGUAUAAAUACUAAGUGGAUUGUAUGAACUGAUGGAAUGCGUAUAUAACGUAAAAACCACGUAAAAAAAUACUGAAGAUGCAAAUAUUUUACGUUAUUUAAAGCACUAUUCAAGAGAAAUUGUUAAGUGUAAA